UCCAAGGAGGAGACGGAACGAGCCCUUGCUGCCACUGUUCUGCCCCUUGAAGUCACUGCGGAGUGCUUGAACCUCAGGGAAGGUCGUCGUGGCAAGGAGCUGGUCAGUGACCCUGUAGAAGCUGAACUAAAGAAGGAAGUAGAGGUGAUUGAUGGAGCACAACGCAUCCUUCAGCAAUGCAUUGACCAGGCCUUUGAACAGCUGUGUCGCUUACAGGAAGCACGGCAACAGUUGACCAUUGACCUUCAGGAUAAAAUAGAGGCCCUUGAUGUGGACAUGUCAUGCUUGUCUCUCACUAUGCGGUCACCUGAGAUCUCCCUGAAGCCAAACCCCACAAGAGUGCCCCCCGGUUCCACAACUCCACAGCAGUGGGAGCAUUUCAGCCGAUACAAUGUUGCCCGAGCUAAAGAAGAGAUGCAGGCCUCUGUGCAGAUAAGAGAGAACAACAUCAUCACAAGAGCACAG